CAGGGCGUUUAUAGCAACUUGGAAUGCUGUGCUUUCUGCGCGUUCUAGUGCUGCUGUGGCUCCCCGUCCCGGUGCGGGACCUGUGCCCCGCGCUUCAGCCCUAGCCGCACAGCCUAUUGAUUCCCCUGCCGCCCUCGCGCACCUCCUGUUCGCCAUGGAGUCGCUGGUUUUCCCGCGGCGCUCCGGCCCCACUCCCUCGGCCGCGGAGCUCGCCCGGCCGCUGGCGGAAGGGCUCAUCAAGUCGCCCAAGCCCCUGAUGAAGAAGCAGGCGGUGAAGCGGCACCACCACAAGCACAAUCUGCGGCACCGCUACGAGUUCCUGGAGACCCUGGGCAAAGGCACCUACGGGAAGGUGAAGAAGGCGCGGGAGAGCUCGGGGCGCCUGGUGGCCAUCAAGUCCAUCCGGAAGGACAAAAUCAAAGAUGAGCAAGAUCUGAUGCACAUACGGAGGGAGAUUGAGAUCAUGUCAUCCCUCAACCAUCCUCACAUCAUUGCCAUCCGUGAAGUGUUUGAGAACAGCAGCAAGAUUGUGAUCGUCAUGGAGUAUGCCAGCCGGGGUGACCUUUAUGACUACAUCAGCGAGCGGAAGCAGCUCAGUGAGCGUGAGGCCAGGCAUUUCUUCCGGCAGGUCGUCUCCGCAGUGCACUAUUGCCAUCAGAAUGGAGUUGUCCACCGGGAUCUCAAGCUGGAGAACAUCCUCUUAGAUGCCAAUGGGAAUAUCAAGAUUGCUGACUUCGGCCUCUCCAACCUCUACCAUCAAGGCAAGUUCCUGCAGACAUUCUGUGGGAGCCCCCUCUAUGCCUCGCCAGAGAUUGUCAAUGCGAAGCCCUACACAGGCCCAGAGGUGGACAGUUGGUCCCUGGGUGUUCUCCUCUACAUCCUGGUGCAUGGCACCAUGCCCUUUGAUGGGCAUGACCAUAAGACGCUGGUGAAACAGAUCAGCGACGGGGCCUACCGGGAGCCACCUAAACCCUCUGAUGCCUGUGGCCUGAUCCGGUGGCUAUUGAUGGUGAACCCCACCCGCCGGGCCACCUUGGAGGAUGUGGCCAGUCACUGGUGGGUCAACUGGGGCUAUGCCACCCGUGUGGGAGAGCAGGAGGCUCUGCAUGAGGGUGGGCACUCUGGCAGCGAUUCUGCCCGGGCCUCCAUGACUGACUGGCUCCGGCGUUCCUCCCGCCCCCUCCUGGAGAAUGGGGCCAAGGUGUGCAGCUUCUUCAAGCAGCAUGCACCUGGUGGGGGGAGCACCACCCCUGGCCUGGAGCGCCAGCAUUCACUCAAGAAGUCCCGCAAGGAGAAUGACAUGGCCCAGUCUCUCCAUGGUGACCCAGCUGAUGACACUGCCCCUCGCCCUGGCAAGAGCAACCUCAAGCUGCCAAAGGGCAUUCUCAAGAAGAAGGCGUCAGCCUCUGCAGAGGGGGCACAGGAGGACCCUUCUGAGCUCAGCCCCAUCCCUGCGAGCCCAGGGCAGGCUGCCCCCCUGCUCCCCAAGAAGGGCAUCCUCAAGAAACCCCAGCAGCGAGAGUCUGGCUACUACUCCUCUCCCGAGCCCAGUGAGUCUGGGGAGCUCUUGGAUGCAGGUGAUGUGUUUGUGAGCGGGGAUCCCCCGGAGCAAAAGCCCCCGCAAGCCUCAGGGCUGCUCCUACAUCGCAAAGGCAUCCUCAAACUCAAUGGCAAGUUCUCCCGGGCAGCCUUGGAGCUCUCGGCCCCCACCACCUUCGGCUCCUUGGAUGAACUCGCCUUGCCCCGCCCCCCGGCGCGGGCUAGCCGCCCCUCAGGGGCUGUGAGCGAAGACAGUAUCCUGUCCUCUGAGUCCUUUGACCAGCUGGACUUGCCUGAACGGCUCCCAGAGCCCCCGCUGCGGGGCUGUGUGUCUGUGGACGACCUCAUGGGGCUUGAGGAGCCCCCAUCAGAGGGCCCUGUAAGCUACCUGAGGCGCUGGCGGCAGGAUCCUUUGGGGGACAGCUGCUUUUCCCUGACAGACUGCCAGGAGGUGACAGCCACCUACCGACAGGCACUGGGAGUCUGCUCAAAGCUCACCUGAGGCGGGUAGGCAUUGCCCCAGCCCAGGCAGGGUCUGAGAUGCAGCCGGCUGCACCCCGACGGGAGAUGCCUUCUCCCGCACCUCCCAGGACUUGCAUCCCAGCUCAGAAGGCUGAGACUUUGCAGUGGAGCCCUGGGCAGGGCUGGAUGUGGGAAGCAGGCAAGUGCAUCCUUGAUAAAGUGCAUCAAGGAUUCAGUGUCUGCAGCUCUGCUGAACUAAGAGGAUAACAGAGAAAGAGAACGGAACGGGAAGGCCCACGUCAGAGUCCGGGUUGUCUGUUUCUUGUGCACAUAGUCGGGCCGCAGAGACCUGGAGAACUACCAGCGCCCAGCUCCUGCAUCCCAUGAAUACACUGUACAUGUGGUGCCUUCUAAGGACAGCCUGUUCCUUACUCAUUCUCUGCCAAAGUGGGGCCAGACCUCUUCACACACACAUUCCUGUUCCCACCAAGCACCAGAACUGGACAGUGGCACCCGUAAUGUGCCUGAGGCAUCCUGGGAAUGGUCUGGAGUAACCCUUCCUUAUUUAUCCUUGGAGUAAGAGAACACAACCUCUGUUUCUUCCGUGGUUCUCUUCCCCUUUCCAUCCCCCAAACCUGCCCUGAGCCUCCUGGAGUUGCUGCUAUGAAUCUGAAAGACUUGAAAAGCCCCAGGCUGCUGUGUGGACUUCAUCUCAAGGGGCCCAGCCUCCUCUGGACGCCUCCUUGGACCUCAGAAACUCAGAACUUCUGCCUCUAAGCUGCUCAUAAAGUCCAGACUUACGGAUGUGUUCUCUGGGCCCUCAGAACUCUAGAAUGCCUGUAUUUAUUUUUAUGUGCUCAACUCUGUGUUUUAGAAAAAGUGAAUCUUGCUGUUUUCAAUAAUGUGAAUGCUGUUCUGAGAAAAUCCACUAUGGCAUCUAAGUUUUGUGCACAGAGAGAUAUUUUUACAACGAUUUCCACCCCACCCCCGACAUUCCCCCGUACCCCACUCCACACUGUGUUUCUCUACCUAAUGGACCUCUGUGGCCAAAAAAUACCAUUCCAUUAAAACCAGAAAGGUGACUG